AAUUUAUUGUUUACUAACCUUAAUCACUAUAUUCACUAUUCCCCGUUUUCUAGACGCACGAUUUGGCAGUUUGUCCAUUAAUCUAAUACAGUCCAUCGUUAUAUAACUUGUUUCAUAAUUUCCCCUUUGCUAUACACAAUUUAAAAUACAUUUAGCACUUCAUAUCCGACGCAUUCAAUCUGGGAGUCUAUACCCGGCAAAAAACGAGCGUUGUCACAUAUUAAGGUCGAAUAGUCACGCAUACAGUUAAUUAAAAUGUAUUUUAUUUAACAAUUGCAUAUAUACCUACCUAUUAUUUACUAUAACAUUUUUUUAUUUUGUCCUGGACACUCAAACUUUCAAAUUGUACUUGAGAGUAUAACGUGGAGCGCAAUGUCUGUACCUAUUGAAAUCGUUUGUGUCGAACGUGGCAGUAUUCUUCAUUUAUCUAGCCAAAAAUAUUGACCAAUGGUUUUGCUAGAAGGAGAACUAACCAACCAGGGAGAGCCAAAUGUAAUAAAAUUGGUAUACGUGUUUUUCUUUGUGUGUUUUUCCUUGGUCGCCACGCAAUAGAUAGUCAUCGACAAGACAACGCUAAAGAAGAAUAACAUGGGUUAUUGGACAACUUGCAAUACAAUAGGGCAUAGGCGUACUGUAGUUGGGUAUAAUGAUCGGCUCACGUUACCUUGAUGUGUUCAUGUUAAAGAAUUUUCGUAACAAGUACCUACGGACUACGGUUUGCAUUAGAAACAAGAGGAUUACCGACCAGUACAAAAGUAUGAACUCUUAAAUAUGUCCAAGUUUCAAGCUCCUUUUAUAUUUCUCGGUCAAUGUGAAGAAUAAAGUGAAAAAAAAUGAAACAAAUGAAUACUCGAUGCCCGAUGGUUGCAAAGUCAUGGUGAAAUACGAAAAGUGCAGCGAACGGUACUAUUUAAUUUUUGAUUUUUGUCUGCUCGCCGUUUGUCUUUGAUCACGUGUGACGAAUUAACAUCAUGACUGUACCAAAACUCGGAGAUGAACUACAAAAACCCGCGGCAGUGACGGAUGAUUCGGAUUCGGCUGAAAAGCCAAAUUUGAAGGGAGAUUGGUUGAAUUUUUUCCUAUUGCUGUUGCUGUACACGAUGCAAGGGAUACCAUUAGGCAUAGCGGCGGCAAUGCCGAUAAUUUUGCAAAGCAACAAAAACGUAUCCUACAAAGAUCAAGCAUUAUUCAGUCUAGUCGCAUGGCCGUUUAGCUUGAAACUGAUAUGGGCUCCUUUGGUAGACGCGCUGUACGUGCAAAAGAUGGGAAGACGGAAAUCUUGGCUCGUUCCGGUUCAAUAUUUAAUGGGAGCAUGCUUCAUUUAUAUGGCCGGCAAUAUCGACGAAUGGUUGCCAGAAACUCGAAAGCCGGAAAUACUGAAAUUGGUAUCAGUAUUUUUCUUCGCAAAAAUCUUAGCCGCCACGCAAGACAUAGCCGUCGACGGUUGGGCACUGACAAUGCUCAAGAAGAAUAACGUAGGCUAUGCUUCUACUUGCAAUUCAACAGGUCAAGUGAUGGGCAUUAUGAUAAGUUCUGUGUUUUCCGUCUUGUUGACGUCGGAAGACUUUAGCAACAAGUACUUACGGACUACACCGGAGGUGGGAGGAGUGUUCACUAUGAAAUGUUUAUUCUAUGUUUGGGGUAUUCUAUUUAUAUUAAUAACUACAUUGAUUGCAAUUUUUAAAAAAGAAAAAGAUAACAGAUUAGAGGACAACCACGUAAAGCUCAACAUUGUUCAAAACUAUUCACUACUAUGGGACAUUUUAAAAUUACCUAGUAUUCAAUUAUUGGCAAUAGCAUUACUGACAGCGAAGAUCGGAUUUGCUGCAACUGACAGUGUGUCAAUUUUAAAACUCAUUGAUGCGGGAGUACCAAAAGACAACAUUAUGGUUAUACAUACAACAAUGUUUGUCGUAAAAAUAAUUUUGCCACUUGUUGUAGCGAAAUACACUUCAGGACCAAAACCGAUGAACGUAUAUCUAACAGCUACACCCAUCAGAUUACUUUGGAACAUUUCAUUUUUGGCUUUUAUUUAUUAUACACCAACAUUGAUAACGAUGAAUGGGUUUGUUAAUAUUCCAAUAUAUUACUAUGCACUUUUAGUAUUUAUAUUAUCAAUACAUGAUAUUCUAGCCAACAUUAUGAUUGUAUCUACAUUAGCUUUUUUCUCUCGAAUAAGUGAUUCACGUUUUGGUGGUACCUACAUGACAUUAUUGAAUACACUUUCAAAUUUGGGAGGAGCAUGGUCAUCUUCAGUUGCUAUUGGAAUGAUAGAUUUCUUAACGUUUAAGGAGUGUUCUUUAGAUCACAAGAAUAGUUGCUCUACACCAAAUCUAAAAAACAUGUGUGAAACAAAUGGAGGUGAUUGUGUUGUUAUAGUGAACGGUUAUUACGUAGAAACGGCUGUGUGUACCAUGGUCGGAAUAGUUUGGUUUUUUAUUUUUAGAAUUAUCCUUAAAAAUAUUCAAACUAAGGGCCCUUCUGAUUGGUUGGUAAAUAUAAAGAAACCUACCAGUUAAUAGAAUGAAAUAAAUGUUUCUUUCUCUAUGCCCAUUUAGCUAUAGUGAUGAACAUUAAUUGGAAGGCCUAAAUAUGUAUUGUAAUUUAUUUAUUAUUUUAGUGUUAUAAAUCAAUAAUUGUUAUUAAGUUCUCUAUUGAGACAUUGAAUUUUAUGUUAUAUAGUAAUGUUAUUUCUAUAAUGUUAGAUUUGUAUCUAUUUUAUGGUUAUACAGUAAUUUCAGCAUACCUGUAUGAUAUUAUUAUAAAUCAAGUUAAUCAUCAUGGUCUGAAUAUUAUCAUACAUCAAUUAAGAAAUCAAGAUGUUUUCUAACGAACAUGUGAAUAGGCUAGAGUUGUACACAAAUGCGGCCCCUGAACAACUUUUCAACAACUCUUAACACAUUAGUCAUCUCAAACGCCUGAAGCCGUACGACAUAGUUAAAGUCACUAAGAACAUUGACUACGUCAUCGGAGAUAUUAUUACUCCAAACAUGUAUAAUAUUAUUAUUAUUAUUAUUAUUAUAACUCAUACACCCAUUUUACACUGUAAUUAUAAUGUCUUCAGGUCGUUUAAACAAUGAUGCUUUAGGGUAGUUAAGUAAUUUCUAAUUACAUUUUGAACAAAUUUAUUCAACACAUUAUAAUAUAGUAUGAAUUAUAACUUAAA